AUGUUACCAAUAGAUCAAGAAAUUCGAUCAAAAAAUGUUAUUGCAAAUCCUGGUCCAUUAGGUUUAAGUGCUUUUGCAAUGACUACAUUUGUUUACUCUAUGUUUUCAGUUGAAGUAUUAGACAUAAAAAUACCUCAAGUGGGUCUUGGCUUAGCAUUGUUCUAUGGAGGAUUUAUUCAAUUAUUGGCAGGCAUGUGGGAAAUGAAAAACGGGAAUACUUUUGGUGCUACAGUGUUUAGCUCUUAUG